ACAUUUCUACCCUCGGGAGCAGACCCCUCUCUCUCUGACUGGAAAAUAACCUGGAAAAACUAAAAUGGAAAGCGAAAAAACGGCCCUCUGGAAAACAGCCGAAGCAACACACCUCCUCCUGCUGCUGCUGCUGCCUCAAAGACAGAAGGGGUGAAGUGUUGAAGGGAGAAUGACAGACGUUUUUCAUUUGUAUCUACAUAAAACAGCGAAGAAGUGGAGGCUUCUGUGUCAAUGUGACAACUGUGGGGGGACAGAAGAGAUUUAUAUAUCUAAUUGUACAGUUAGUGUUCUUUUGGAUUUCUUUAAGGAAAGAGCACAUGGGAGGCGAAAGGGGAGGAGAAUGUAGAGAGCAGAGAUUAGAGUACAUAGCAGAGGAGUAAAGAGAACUCCAGAGCAGAGAGCAAAGAGAAGAGGAGGAAGCAAAGGAGAGAAGAAAGAGGAGUAAACCGGCUCCAGAUGGGCUCUUGGCAUUAUUAAACUUGUUCUUCUUUCACCUCCACCCCAAAAUCUUUUAAUCCAGGGGAGUAAUGAUAAAGUGAUCCAGCCGUCUUCAGAAGAAUAUCUGAACAAUGAGCGCUCCAACUGCAGGAAGCCCAACCAUGGAAGUGAAAGUGGUCUCCCAGGAGAUGGCGUUGCUUAGCAACAUAUUGGCGGCUUACACCUUCAUUGCAGAUCAACCCGAGAGGACAGCGCUGGUAUUCCUCGGUGGCGUGUGUGUCGGCCUUCUUGUCACACUGUGUGCCAUCGUCUUCCAGAUACACUGUCGAGCAGACUGUCACUAUGGCAACAGUAAUGACCUUCACCGUCGCCACAGGGUCAGACAUCAUCGAAGUCGCCAGCACAGCUGUGCACAGCAUCAACCCGGUGACGGUAACCCAGACCACGCUACUGCUGUAGUUGUGGCCUCUGGAGGGACCGGGCCCGGUGGGGACAGCGAGACAGAGGACUGGGAUGACACAUCUGACUUGUCGGCACGGAGACGCAGACGCUUCGAGAGAGCUCUGUUGAACGCCACCAUGUUUACAUCAACUGAGGAGCUGGACCGGGCCCAGCGGCUAGAAGAGCGUGAACGGAUUCUCAGAGAGAUCUGGAUGAAUGGACAACCAGACAUCAGUACAGUCACUCAAAGCCUCAACAGAUACUACUGAUGCAAAAGCAAAAAGAAAGACAAACACAGAUUUUCUUGCCGAUGGAUGACAGGUGAAAAAACUGGGAUCAUGUGCAAACUGGGACAAUGUAUUGACAGUUUGCAUUGCACCAAAGAGAGCCUCAUUAAACUGUUACUGACAGUGCUGCCUGAAGCAGCCUCUCUACUGUGGGAACAAGGGCAACACAUGAACUGUGAUGGCUCAGUCCUCCAGAACUGGAUGACAUUGGUAGGUUUAGAGGAAAAAAAGCCCAGAAAAGAUUUGAGGACACAAAGGGAACUACAGAGCACAUUUUGCCAACACUGUUGUCAUCCGCGGCUGAUAUUUCAAAUAUUCUUUUAUAUCUUACUGCUGUUAUAAAUCAAGUGGGAUAUUCUGACUUUUUCAUUUUAAUAUGUGCUUUUCUAGUUACAGGAGGGAAAAUGUUUCAUGUCCAGUCAGAAUUAUAUGACUGGGUUGUUCCAUUGUUCUCAUUUGCUAUAAUCACAGUGUAAAUACUGGAGAUUAUUUGUUCAAUUAAAUGUUGCGGAAGGAGGGAAAAAAGUCAAAUGGAAGAGUUGCAAGUGGUUCUAAAACUGCUCGCUAAAGGAGAAAACCCCAUGUAAAGAUGGAGAUGUGCAUACUGGUGCUUUUUGCUGCUGCAAUUCUGAAUGACCCGUAGCGAUGAUUGCACACUAUACAAGCAGGACACAAAAACAGCACAGAUAGCUUAUCAGCUCUGCAGGCUAGCAGCUAAUCAGCUGUAUGUUUUGUAGCACAUAUAAGCUUAACAAUCUUAAUCUUUGAGAAGAUCAUGUUUGUUUAGUUAAUAUAUUGAACAAUUUUAUUUCAUGUGUUUUGUGAAAACUGUUUUUACAUGUUUAGUAAAUUCUCAUUUUUAAAACCUUAGAUUAGCGGUUCACAUUUUUUUGAACACCUUUUAACUGUCUCAGGAUAUGUUGCAUAUGCAUUUCCUCAAGAUGCAGUUUGGACACAAAAUAAUCUGCUAUAAUCACUAAAUUCAACUAAAUGCAUCUGCAAAUCACAGGAGACCAGGUGGUCCAGAACAGUGGUGCUUACCGUUAAGAUUACUGGCAAAACAAAAAAAAACUAGAUUUCCAAGCCUGACCACAGAAUGUUCAAAAUGUUGAAUUAGACUGUUGGAUAUUCUUAAUGUUUCUUCUAAUUACUGCAACUCAAACCUGUGUUUUAUUUCUAAAAGGUCUUUUUUUUAGUUUCUUAUAAAGAGUAAAAAUUCCUGAGUUUCUCUAAUAAAUAUUUGCACUUUCUUUUUUAAUCAAAACAGAUGAGUAUAUCUCAUCCCAGUCAGCUCCAAAAUGUAACGGCAUCUUUUGGCCAUGUUCUCAUUCCUGUGUAGUUUUAUGAAAUCAGGCUUUGCAUUUUUAGACAACAACAAUUUAUACACACUGCACCAAUCAAAUAAUAUCUGUGGCAAAGGUAGAGCUCCAUUCACUUAUUAAAAUCUGUCAAAUCUACAUGUACUCUGUGUGGCAGGUGGCUCAGCUGAUUAGGUGGGUUUUCUGUGUGUAGAGACUUAGGAUCUCCAUGGUGAUGGACUCUGGUUUGAGUCCCAACCCAGAGCCAUUUGCUGCAUGUCAUUUGCUUCUCCACUUUGCUUUCCUUCUUGUUUGUUGUCAGCAGAGCAAACAAAAACUUUUUAAAAUUUUCCAUAAAUUUCUGUGUCAUGGGCACCAUAACUUUACUUUCUGUCUGCAAACGGAGAAAUAAGGUUGUGACUCAAUGAGAACUUUGCACUCACGCUUAAAACAAAGCAGUAGUGGUUGUAAGGAAAAUUGUUUACAUCUUCUGUCAUCUAAAAAUCAAUCUAAACUUUUGUCCAGUUUUUCUUCUUUGUUGUAGAACUAUUUUUUGUACCUGUGCUACUGUGACUAAAUGAUCUUUCUUUAUUUUUAAUGUAAGGUUGGAUAAGGUGAACAGUAUAUAUUCCACAAAAAUGUCAUCUAUGUGAAACAAAGUUAAAAAAAACAAAACAAAAAAAAAACAAACAAACAUGAAAACAAACAUGAAAAAACUAGUUAUGAGUGUUCUCACAGCACAAAACACUUUCACUUCUUUUCGUAUGGAUGGACUUUCUUUUACUGGCUCCCGGUUAGUUUUAAUGUUUCAUCUUAUCUUUCAGACCUCUUACAACCAUACAUGCCUUCUAAAUCAUUCAGACUGAUCGUCAUUUGCUUUUUCUGAGUUUGAAUCUUGUGCACAGAGAAAAAAAGUUUUGCUGCUGUCGCCCUGAAAUGAUGUUAGGCAGGUUUGAGCACCUCCUGUUUUUCAGUCUGGUCUUAAAACACAUUUUUUAUUUGUUGGCUUUUAAUUCUGUAUGAGUUUGAAUGUCUGGGGUUUUUGUGUGUGUGUGUGUGUGUUUUCCUAUUUAUUUAUUUUUAUUGUAUUAAUACUCUGUUAUUUCAUUUUGAUGUUUGUGCUGCUUUGAUUGCUU